CUUCCCUGAUCCAUCCUACAGGUUAUACUUAAAUGUGAGAGCAAAAUGGGUUGUUCCAAAGAAAACAGAUUGCCAUACACACCUUGCCUUUCACCUGUGAACAAGGAAAUCAUCUCUGCCUCACAUCACAUAGCAGGCUAUCUGGGCUGGGUUAAAAGGAGAUGUGCCUGGGAAAGAAAAAUAUAUAUUUUUAAAAUGCAAGAAAGAAUAUCCUCUUGGCUUAUCAAGGUUGCCUUUAUGUUAUUUGUCACAUACAUUACAUCCGUAUCAAGUGAUGCCACUACUCCCUCAACUACAUCAACACCCACUUCAAGUGAUUCCAACACUCCCUCAACUACAUCAACAGUCACUUCAAGUGAUGCCACCAAUGCCUUAACCACAUCAACAGUCACUUCUAGUUAUGCCACCACUCCCUCAACAGUCACUUCAAGUGAUGACACCACUCCCUCAACUACAUCAACACCCACUUCAAGUGAUUCCAACACUCCCUCAACUACAUCAACAGUCACUUCAAGUGAUGCCACCAAUGCCUUAACCACAUCAACAGUCACUUCUAGUUAUGCCACCACUCCCUCAACAGUCACUUCAAGUGAUGACACCACUCCCUCAACUACAUCAACACCCACUUCAAGUGAUUCCACCACUCCCUCAACAGUCACUUCAAGUGAUGCCACCACCACCACCACGCCAACUAUAUCAAUAGUCACUUCAAGUGAUGCCACCAUUCCCUCAACGACAUCAACAGUCACUACAAGUGAUGCCAUCAUUCCCUUAACUACAUCAACAGUCACUUCUAGUUAUGCCACCACUCCCUCACCAGUCACCUCAAGUGAUGCCACCACCACGCCAACUAUAUCAAUAGUCACUUCAAGUGAUGCCACCAUUCACUCAACGACAUCAACAGUCACUACAAGUGAUGCCAUCAUUCCCUUCACUACAUCAACAGUCACUUCUAGUUAUGCCACCACUCCCUCAACUACAUCAACAGUCACUUCAAGUGAUGCCACCAAUGCCUUAACCACAUCAACAGUCACUUCUAGUUAUGCCACCACUCCCUCAACAGUCACUUCAAGUGAUGACACCACUCCCUCAACUACAUCAACACCCACUUCAAGUGAAUCCACCACCACCUCAACCACAUCAACAGUCACUUCAAGUGAUGCCACCACUCCCUCAACAGUCACUUCAAGUGAUGCCACCACCACCACCACGCCAACUAUAUCAAUAGUCACUUCAAGUGAUGCCACCAUUCCCUCAACGACAUCAACAGUCACUACAAGUGAUGCCAUCAUUCCCUUAACUACAUCAACAGUCACUUCUAGUUAUGCCACCACUCCCUCAACAGUCACCUCAAGUGAUGCCACCACCAAGCCAACUAUAUCAAUAGUCACUUCAAGUGAUUCCACCACUCCCUCAACAGUCACUUCAAGUGAUGCCACCACCACCACCACGCCAACUAUAUCAAUAGUCACUUCAAGUGAUGCCACCGUUCCCUCAACGACAUCAACAGUCACUACAAGUGAUGCCAUCAUUCCCUUAACUACAUCAACAGUCACUUCUAGUUAUGCCACCACUCCCUCAACAGUCACCUCAAGUGAUGCCACCACCACUUCAACUACAUCAACACCCACUUCUAGUUAUGCCACCACUCCCUCAACAGUCACCUCAAGUGAUGCCACCACCACGCCAACUAUAUCAAUAGUCACUACACGUGAUGCCACCAUUCACACAACGACAUCAACAGUCACUACAAGUGAUGCCAUCAUUCCCUUCACUACAUCCACAGUCACUUCUAGUUAUGCCACCACUCCCUCAACUACAACACCCACUUCAAGUGAUGCCAUCACUCCCUCAACUACAUCAAAACCCACUUCAAGUGAUUCCACCACCACCUCAACUACAUCAACAAUCACUUCUAGUUAUGCCACCACUCCCUCAACAGUCACCUCAAGUGAUGCCACCACCACCUCAACUAUAUCAAUAGUCACUUCAAGUGAUGCCACCACUGCCUUAACUACAUCAACACCCACUUCAAGUGAUGCCAUCACUCCCUCAACUACAUCAAAACCCACUUCAAGUGAAUCCACCACCACCUCAACCACAUCAACAGUCACUUCAAGUGAUUCCACCACUCCCUCAACAGUCACUUCAAGUGAUGCCACCACCACCACCACGCCAACUAUAUCAAUAGUCACUUCAAGUGAUGCCACCAUUCCCUCAACGAUAUCAACAGUCACUACAAGUGAUGCCAUCCUUCCCUUAACUACAUCAACAGUCACUUCUAGUUAUGCCACAACUCCCUCAACAGUCACCUCAAGUGAUGCCACCACCACGCCAACUAUAUCAAUAGUCACUUCAAGUGAUGCCACCAUUCACUCAACGACAUCAACAGUCACUACAAGUGAUGCCAUCAUUCCCUUCACUACAUCAACAAUCACUUCUAGUUAUGCCACCACUCCCUCAACUACAACACCCACUUCAAGUGAUGCCACCACUCCCUCAACUACAUCAACACCCACUUCAAGUGAAUCCACCACUCCCUCAACGACAUCAACACCCACUUCAAGUGAUGCCACCACUCUCUCAACAACAUCAACAGUCACCUCAAGUGAUACUACAUCAACAGUCACAUCAAGUGAUGCCAUCACUCCCUCAACUACACCAACACCCUCUUCAAGUGAUUCCACCACUCCCUCAACUACAUCAACAGUCACUGCAAGUGAUUCCACCACUCCCUCAACAGUCACUUCAAGUGAUGCCACCACUACCUCAACUAUAUCAACUGUCACUUCAAGUGAUUCCUCCACUCCCUCAACUACACCAACACCCACUUCAAGUGAUGCCACCACUCCAUCAACUGCAUCAACAGUCACUUCAAAUGAUUUCACCACUCCCUCAAUAGUCACCUCAAGUGAUGCCACCACCACCUCAACUAUAUCAAUAGUCACUUCAAGUGAUGCCAUCAUUCCCUUAACUACAUCAACAGUCACUUCUAGUUAUGCCACCACUCCCUCAACAACAACACCCACUUCAAGUGAUGCCACUACUCCCUCAACUACAUCAACACCCACUUCAAGUGAUGCCACCACUCCCUCAACUACAUCAACAUCCACUUCAAGUGAUUACACCACUCCCUCAACUACAUCAACAGUCACUGCAAGUGAUUCCACCACUCCCUCAACAGUCACUAAAAGUGAUUCCACCACUCCCUCAACUAUGUUAACAGUCACUUCAAGUAAUUCCACCACUCCCUCAACAGUCACUUCAAGUGAUGCCACCACUACCACCACGCCAACUAUAUCAAUAGUCACUUCAAGUGAUGCCACCAUUCCCUCAACGACAUCAACAGUCACUACAAGUGAUGCCAUCCUUCCCUUAACUAUAUCAACAGUCACUUCUAGUUAUGCCACCACUCCCUCAACAGUCACCUCAAGUGAUGCCACCACCACCCCAACUAAAUCAAUAGUCACUUCAAGUGAUGCCACCAUUCCCUCAACGACAUCAACAGUCACUACAAGUGAUGCCAUCAUUCCCUUAACGACAUCAACAGUCACUUCUAGUUAUGCCACCACUCCCUCAACUACAACACCCACUUCAAGUGAUGCCACCACUCUCUCAACAACAUCAACCGUCACCUCAAGUGAUACUACAUCAACAGUCACAUCAAGUGCUGCCAUCUCUCCCUCAACUACACCAACACCCUCUUCAAGUGAUUACAUCACUCCCGCAACUACAUCAACACCCACUUCAAGUGAUUCCAACACUCCCUCAACCACAUCAACAGUCACUUCUAGUUAUACCACCACUCCCUCAACAGUCACUUCAAGUGAUGACACCACUCCCUCAACUACAUCAACACCCACUUCAAGUGAAUCCACCACCACCUCAACCACAUCAACAGUCACUUCAAGUGAUGCCACCACUCUCUCAACAACAUCAACAGUCACCUCAAGUGAUACUACAUCAACAGUCACAUCAAGUGCUGCCAUCACUCCCUCAACUACACCAACACCCUCUUCAAGUGAUUACAUCACUUCCUCAACUACAUCAACACCCACUUCAAGUGAUUCCAACACUCCCUCAAAUACAUCAACAGUCACUUCAAGUGAUGGCACCAAUGCCUUAACCACAUCAAAAGUCACUUCUAGUUAUGCCACCACUCCCUCAACAGUCACUUCAAGUGAUGACACCACUCCCUCAACUACAUCAACACCCACUUCAAGUGAAUCGACCACCACCUCAACCACAUCAACAGUCACUGCAAGUGAUUCCACCACUCCCUCAACAGUCACUUCUAGUUAUGCCACCACUCCCUCAACAGUCACCUCAAGUGAUGCCACCACCACCUCAACUAUAUCAAUAGUCACUUCAAGUGAUGCCACCAAUGCCUUAACUACAUCAACAGUCACUUCUAGUUAUGCCACCACUCCCUCAACUACAACACCCACUUCAAGUGAUGCCACCACUCCCUCAACUACAUCAACACCCACUUCAAGUGAAUCCACCACUCCCUCAACUACGUCAACAGUCACUUCAAGUGAUGCCACCAAUGCCUUAACCACAUCAACAGUCACUUCUAGUUAUGCCACCACUCCCUCAACAGUCACUUCAAGUGAUGACACCACUCCCUCAACUACAUCAACACCCACUUCAAGUGAAUCCACCACCACCUCAACCACAUCAACAGUCACUUCAAGUGAUUCCACCACUCCCUCAACAGUCACUUCAAGUGAUGCCACCACCACCACCACGCCAACUAUAUCAAUAGUCACUUCAAGUGAUUCCACCACCACCUCAACGACAUCAACAGUUACUACAAGUGAUGCCAUCAUUCCCUUCACUACAUCAACAGUCACUUCUAGUUAUGCCACCACUCCCUCAACAGUCACCUCAAGUGAUGCCACCACCACGCCAACUAUAUCAAUAGUCACUUCAAGUGAUGCCACCAUUCACUCAACGACAUCAACAGUCACUACAAGUGAUGCCAUCAUUCCCUUCACUACAUCAACAGUCACUUCUAGUUAUGCCACCACUCCCUCAACUACAACACCCACUUCAAGUGAUGCCACCACUCCCUCAACUACAUCAACACCCACUUCAAGUGAAUCCACCUCUCCCUCAACUACAUCAACACCCACUUCAAGUGAUGCCACCGCUCUCUCAACAACAUCAACAGUCACCUCAAGUGAUACUACAUCAACAGUCACAUCAAGUGCUGCCAUCACUCCCUCAACUACACCAACACCCUCUUCAAGUGAUUACACCACUCCCUCAACUACAUCAACAGUCACUGCAAGUGAUUCCACCACUCCCUCAACAGUCACUUCUAGUUAUGCCACCACUCCCUCAACAGUCACCUCAAGUGAUGCCACCACCUCAACUAUAUCAAUAGUCACUUCAAGUGAUGCCACCAAUGCCUUAACUACAUCAACAGUCACUUCUAGUUAUGCCACCACUCCGUCAACUACAACACCCACUUCAAGUGAUGCCACCACUCCCUCAACUACAUCAACACCCACUUCAAGUAAUGCCACCACUCCCUCAACUACAUCAACACCCACUUCAAGUGAUGCCACCACUCUCUCAACAACAUCAACAGUCACCUCAAGUGAUACUACAUCAACAGUCACAUCAAGUGCUGCCAUCACUCCCUCAACUACACCAACACCCUCUUCAAGUGAUUCCACCACUCCCUCAACGACACCAACACCCACUUCAAGUGAUGCCACCACUCCAUCAACUGCAUCAACAGUCACUUCAAGUGAAUCCACCACUCCCUCAACUAUAUCAAUAGUCACUUCAAGUGAUGCCACCAUUCCCUCAACGACAUCAACAGUCACUACAAGUGAUGCCAUCAUUCCCUUAACUACAUCAACAGUCACUUCUAGUUAUGCCACCACUCCCUCAACAGUCACCUCAAGUGAUGCCACCACCACGCCAACUAUAUCAAUAGUCACUUCAAGUGAUGCCACCAUUCACUCAACGACAUCAACAGUCACUACAAGUGAUGCCAUCAUUCCCUUCACUACAUCAACAGUCACUUCUAGUUAUGCCACCACUCCCUCAACUACAACACCCACUUCAAGUGAUGCCACCACUCCCUCAACUACAUCAACACCCACUUCAAGUGAAUCCACCUCUCCCUCAACUACAUCAACACCCACUUCAAGUGAUGCCACCGCUCUCUCAACAACAUCAACAGUCACCUCAAGUGAUACUACAUCAACAGUCACAUCAAGUGCUGCCAUCACUCCCUCAACUACACCAACACCCUCUUCAAGUGAUUACACCACUCCCUCAACUACAUCAACAGUCACUGCAAGUGAUUCCACCACUCCCUCAACAGUCACUUCUAGUUAUGCCACCACUCCCUCAACAGUCACCUCAAGUGAUGCCACCACCUCAACUAUAUCAAUAGUCACUUCAAGUGAUGCCACCAAUGCCUUAACUACAUCAACAGUCACUUCUAGUUAUGCCACCACUCCGUCAACUACAACACCCACUUCAAGUAAUGCCACCACUCCCUCAACUACAUCAACACCCACUUCAAGUGAUGCCACCACUCUCUCAACAACAUCAACAGUCACCUCAAGUGAUACUACAUCAACAGUCACAUCAAGUGCUGCCAUCACUCCCUCAACUACACCAACACCCUCUUCAAGUGAUUCCACCACUCCCUCAACUACACCAACACCCACUUCAAGUAAUGCCACCACUCCCUCAACUACAUCAACACCCUCUUCAAGUGAUGCCACCACUCCAUCAACUGCAUCAACAGUCACUUCAAGUGAUUCCACCACUCCCUCAACUACAUCAACAGUCACUACAAGUGAUGCCAUUAUUUCCUUAACGACAUCAACAGUCACUACAAGUGAUGCCAUCAUUCCCUUCACUACAUCAACAGUCACUUCUAGUUAUGCCACCACUCCCUCAACUACAACACCCACUUCAAGUGAUGCCACCACUCCCUCAACUACAUCAACACCCACUUCAAGUGAAUCCACCUCUCCCUCAACUACAUCAACACCCACUUCAAGUGAUGCCACCGCUCUCUCAACAACAUCAACAGUCACAUCAAGUGCUGCCAUCACUCCCUCAACUACACCAACACCCUCUUCAAGUGAUUCCACCACUCCCUCAACUACACCAACACCCACUUCAAGUGAUGCCACCACUCCAUCAACUGCAUCAACAGUCACUUCAAGUGAUUCCACCACUCCCUCAACUACAUCAACAGUCACUACAAGUGAUGCCAUUAUUUCCUUAACUACAUCAACAGUCACUGCAAGUGAUUCCACCACUCCCUCAACAGUCACUUCAAGUGAUGCCACCACCACCUCAACUAUAUCAAUAGUCACUUCAAGUGAAGCCACCACUCCCUCAACUACAUCAAAAUCCACUUCAAGUGAUUCCACCACUCCCUCAACUAUAUUAACAGUCACUUCAAGUAAUUCUACCACUCCCUCAACAGUCAUUUCAAGUGAUGCCACCACCACCACCACCACGCCAACUAUAUCAAUAGUCACUUCAAGUGAUGCCACCAUUCCCUCAACGACAUCAACAGUCACUUCUAGUUAUGCCACCACUCCCUCAACAGUCACCUCAAGUAAUGGCAACACUCCCUCAACUACAUCAACAGUCAAUUCAAGUGAUGCCAUCACUCCCUCAGCUACAUCAACAGUCACUUCAAGUGAAGACACCACUCCCUCAACUACAUCAACACCCACUUCAAGUGAUGACACAACUCCCACUGCUACAUCGACAGUCACAAGUGAUGUCACUACUCUAAGACCAAUAAUGCCAUCAAAAAGUGGUACUACUACAGUAAUAACAAGAACCUCAACAUUUGUAGCAGUAUCCACUCCCUCCACUCCCUCACAGGGACUAACUUUCAGAGACACUACUUUGGUGACAACAAUCGAAACCACUGUUGCAGAAUGCAAAACUCUGGUGAAUGUCAUCAGGCUGGAGAAUGUCACCAGUAAGUUAAUCAGUGUGAGUUGGACAGGUAUUAACCUGGACCAGCAGAUAGAGUACAAGGUGAAGCUGGCGUCUGGUUCCAAAUCAAUCCAGAAUGAGACCUCAGCCACCAAAGCUGUUUUCUCAGACCUUACUCCUGGAACCAUACACACUCUGAUUAUUGAGUACUUAUCCUGCAGUAUCAAGAAAAACAUUUCAGCAAACAUAAUCACUGCUGGAAAGGUCUAUGAAUCUUUCACUCGAAUUCCAGGCAGAGAUUUUGUGUCUGAUUAUACAAAUCAAUCCAGCAAACUUUACAAAGACUUUGUGACAAAUUUUACCGUGCAGGUUGAAAACAAUCUCCCGAAAGGAUACCAGGAGCUUAUCAGGUAUAAAGAAAUGGUGAUUGUUGUGACUGGUGUUCGCAGAGGUGUGAUCGUUGACUUUGAUCUGGUCACUGCUCUGGAGGUCAACCUGUCAACCUCUGACGUGCAGAAGAGCGUCAUCAAUGCGCUGAAUUCAUCUGCACUCAGAGUGGAUCUGAAUAUCACCUCUGUAAAAGAGGCAGAUAUCUGUCAAAGAGGAGGUUACACAUGCUCAAAAAAUGCCACCUGUGUCAGAGAGGGACCUUCACAUACAUGUGGAUGCAAGGCAGAAUUCUACGACCAAAAUCCAACCGUACCGGGUACUGACUGCAAGAGAAUUAUCACUCCAGGUGCAGAUCCAUGUAAAGGCUUGUGUUCAUCACGUGCUCAGUGUGUGGUUGGUCCUAGUGGGAGCCAGGAGUGUAGCUGCUAUCCUGGUUUGAUAGAUCCGAAUCCUGUUAAUCGUGGGAAGCUGUGCAUAGAUCCAGUGGACUGUUUUGAUCAAGAAAAGGAACUUUGCUCAUCCCAAAAUCAGUGUCUUCCAUCCAAGUUUCUCUGCUCACUGGGGAAUGUUUUCAAAUUAACAGCAAACUUAAACUCUUGGAUCUUCAAUUCCUCUCUGUACGACCCAGGGAGCGAUGCUUGGGCAUAUGCCUCUACAAAGAUCGUCACAACUAACUCUCCAGACUGUUCUACAGGACACUAUCUGCAAACACCUGGACAUAACUGCCAUAGCUACCUUGGAAAGAGUUUCCCAGAUAUCAACGGCCCCGGGAGAAGGCUGGAAAGUGGCGACCAUAGUCCUGGGAGUUCUGCUGGGCUUGAUUUGAGAGCAACUAGCAAGCUGACCUCAUACAACCUCCAGCACACAGAGCACAACAGAAAGGUGGUGUCCAAUGACUAUUUACAAGGAUGUUAUUCUUACCAGAUGUAGUUUAGAGAUAAAAAAUAUAAAAAUAUUGAAUAUUAAUAACAUUUCAAUUAUAUAUUUUGAUAGAGAAAAGUAUCAGCUAUCACACCAUGUAAAGGAACAACGUCCUAAUUCUUUAAUUGUUUUAUAAAAUGCAACUAACUGGAUUGAUGUCACUCCGGCAGACAAAUAUUUAUUGUCCAACAAGUAUUUAAUAAAGGCCUUGAUUGAUUAAUUCUAACAUCAGUGAUAAGGGAAUAAUAUGUUCAAAGUUAAAUUAUUAAAGAAUCCAACCCUGACACGUAACCAAUUAGUAAUUAGUAGUUAUGUAGCAUGUAUAACGAAUAAUUAAAGUACUAAUCGAAGGCCCAUAAGGUCUAGUAGAGGCCUCGGGACAAAAAUGAAAUGUGUGUGUGUGUGUUAUAGUGGGCCUAAGAUAACAACAAGUAGACUGUGAUUGACCCGACAGCUGAGGAACUUUGAGUAACUUAGAGAAGAAAGGGAGUGACCCUAAAGGUUUUUCUAAUCUCGGGGGAAAGGAACAGACAGCACUGGGUAGUGAUUAACAGUGGUGAGAACUCCAGGGAGGGAUACAACUCACCUACUGUUUGUGUGGAGGUAUGUGCGUAAGUGGAGAGUUAGCAUAAAAUGAAUGUCUUUGUGUAAUGGACCUCAGAACAUUCUCUGAAUAAAUCUUUUGCAGAAA